GAGAUUGACCACCAUUGGGCAGGCUUCGACCCCUUUCCAGCCCGGUACCAUAAUUUACCUGGCAGAUCGGGGCAGUGGUUUGCUUCGGGUUGUCCGGAGGUUUAUACCCUAUGAAUGGGUUCAAUUAGUGGCUCAGCUGUGAAGCGGUUCCAAGUUCUCCUGAUCAAUAUCCAAAUAUCUUUGGAUAGAGUUAGCUCAAAUUUUGUUAAGAGUUUAUCUGGUUACAUUUUCAAAUUCAAAUUUUCACCAACCUUAUUCCCUCAAAUUUCUCCACUCUCUCCUCCCUCGUUCUCUAUUUGCAUCCUCACACAUUAUUUUUGUCUCCCUUGGCCUCCACUCUCAAAACAAGCCGAAAAUGGCUGAAACACCCCCUCACAAAAAAACCCUCCUCCGCUUGUGGAUUUCCAAUGUCAAUGAGGCCUUCUUCCACAUUCCCAACCCCAAAAUACUCCAACUCUUUAUCAUAAGCAGCACUGCCACUUUCUCACUAGGCGCCGCGAUGAUUGUCGAAUGGUUUUACCACGGUCAGCACCAUCCGGGCUAUUGUUGGAUUGUAUACUACGCUCCCUCGAUCGUAGUUUUCCCCAUCAUCAUGUUGAUUAUUUGUCUCGUCUCCGCGCAAGUUUUCGUAAAGAAGGGUCAUGAAGAUAAGCACGGUUCGCCGAUCGUGGAUCAAUCGGAGCAAUCAUCGUCACAAACCAAAACACCAAAGCGUUUGAAAAUACAGGAUGGGGAAGUGCUGUUUGAAUUGGUUGACAUAUCAAGUACGGAUGAAGAGGCAAUGGUUCAGGUUGGAGACCAAGGGAGGAUGGGUAAAAAUGUCAAUUCGGAUUUAAGAAGAUCUCUUUCUUGUCAAUUUUUUAGUGUAGCUCGCCCUGAUAACAAGAGCAAAAUGAAGCGACGGAUGAGCUUUUGAUGUAUUGGAUUUUUUUAUUAAUGUUACCAUAUAUGGGUGACAGACUUUUAAUGUUUUGCGAUUACGAUAUACACGGGUCACUACCAUUUGAAUACAAUUGG